AUGGAGAACGAAGCAUUAUUUGCGAACGAGCCCGAGGUUGAUGCGCAGAUGCGCGUCCGAGCUCAUCGCACUGAAGAUGUGACCGAAAACACACCCCUAAUCGAAGGAACCGUAGCAUCAUUGCAUCAGUCCAGUCAUAUCACUGAUGAUCGGCCGCAAUGGAGAAAAGCCAGCAUCUGGUGGCUGAUGCCAUUCGGCAUCCUGUUCAUGCUGGGCUUCGGUGGAAUCGCCGUCCCCAAAAUUAAUUUGAUCAUGUCGCUCAUCUGUCGAGAUUAUCUCGCCGAGAAGACUGCCAAAGACCCAGGGUUUACUUAUCUCCCCGUUAUAUUCGGCGAGGACAACUCCCAGUGUCACAUCCCGCAAGUUCAGUCGCUGGUCGCCCAGUUCCAACUCUAUCUUAAUCUUGUUGCUGGCAUUAUAUCAGCAUUGGUGAGUCCGCGCCUGGGCCACCUGUCUGACCGUUACGGAAGAACAAAGAUGAUCGCGCUGGGCGCGCUGGGUGCAGUACUCAAUGAAAUCAUCACUGUAAUCGUCGCUACAUGGCCUGAGCGGGCCUCGGUCAAUAUGCUUCUAGUUGGAGCAGUUAUGGAUGGACUUGGUGGAUCAUUCACAACUGCGCAGGCUUUGAUCCAUUCCUAUGCCUCUGAUUGUACGCCAAUCGAGAAACGAAGCGUGGCAUUUGGUUUGUUCCACGGAGCUUUAUUCUUUGGAAUCGCCGCUGGACCAGGCGGUGCAGCAUAUUUGAUUAAGCAUGGAGGCACACUGCUCGUUUUCUACAUUGCACUUGCAUUCCAUGCCACUUUCUGUUUAUCGGUCUUCUUCGUUGUGCCGGAGUCCUUAUCCCAUGAUCGGCAACUUGUUGCCCGCGAGAAACAUCGCAGGAAAUCCCUGGAUGCUGAAACUCCAAAAUGGUACUCUUGGCGCAUCUGGAAUCCCAUGAACCUGAUCACUCCUCUUGCAAUUCUGAUGCCCGCCGUUGGGAAGCCAAGCAUCUUAUUUCCCAACCGCCGCGGAGCCAGUCCAGCUCUACGGCGGAACAUUGUUCUGCUGGCUGCUAUUGAUACUGCCGUGUUUGGAGUUGCCAUGGGUACAGUGCAGAUUAUCAUCAUCUACGCCGAGUACAUGUUCCAUUGGGGCAGUGUGGAGUCCAGUCUGUUUGUCGCAAUCAUCAACGUGGCGCGAGUGGUCAAUCUUUUCGUCGUACUCCCAAUCAUCUCCCGAUUUUUCCGUACCCCGUGCAAGGAAGAUGGAACAAUUCGCGGCUCAGACACUCUGGACAUUGUCCUAAUUCGCACAUCGAUAAUCUUUGAUGUAUUAGGCUAUAUUGGUUAUGCCCUGUCCAACACGCCAUCAUUAAUGAUAAUUUCUGGUGUCAUCGCCUCGCUGGGUGGCAUGGGAUCAGCGAUCCUGCAAUCAUCUCUGACGAAACACGUGCCCCAUGAACGCAUUGGGCAGAUGCUAGGUGCUAUCGGUCUUCUGCACGCCCUUGCUCGGGUUGUUGCCCCGACUGUCUUCAAUCUAAUCUACAGUCUGACUGUUGCAACGUUACCCCAGACAGUGUUUAUGGCACUUGCAGCUGUGUUUGGUUUAGCCUUCCUCAUGAGUCUGCUCAUCCGGCCACAUGUUACCCUUGAUACAGAAGCCCCUGCCGAUCUCGGAGCGGAAGAAGAUGGUGCUGAUGAGCAAGAUGAGCUUUUGCGAUAA